AUGGUCGCUGAGAAGGACGUGCAGACGAUCAAGAAGGAGCUGGCAAACGACAGCAGAGAUGUCGCCGAUUUGUGGAACGACGCUCUCCGGAAGUACAAGGGCAUUGUUGGCGAGGGUCUGCAGCCCAAGUUCACCAGCGUCGACGCCAUGGUGGAAUUCGGCACCCACGAGAUGGAAAACUUCCACCAGUUCCGCCACAACCAGAAGAAGGUCGACAAGCUCCGCAGUCUGUUCAUGGCAAAUCUGGGUUACAUCCAGCAAGGGGCUCAACAGUUGAUUGCCGCUGCCACUCCUGCCUUCCCGCCGGCAGCGGCCAUAGGAACAGCUCUUACAUACAUGCUCAGUGCGUGCAAGCAAGUCUCUGCAGAUUACGAUGUGGUCACGGCAUUCUUCGAAGACAUGAAUGCAUUUCUCCAACGGAUCACGAUCCUGGAAUCACGGUUACCAAGGUAUCCCGCCUACCGUAACUGCCUGAUGGAUGUGUUCACUUCGGUGCUGGAGAUGUGCGGCUUCGCCACCAAGUACAUUGAGCUGGGUCGAUUCAAGAAAUGGAUCUUGAACAUGGUUCGCGGCGAGGAUGGUGAUUUGGGAGGUGCCCGAAAGAAGAUGGACACAUCUCUGUCUCGCCUCCAGUCUGCGACCGAGUACGCCAUCCUCGGCAACACCGAAGAGUUGCAGCGCAUGAACUCAGACCUCCAGCAAAACCAGGACAUGCAGACCAGGAUGAUGGAAGACCAGAUGCGCAUGCUUGAGGACGUGAUGCGGAGUCAGGACUCUGUCCGCUCUGACCUGCAAAACAUCCAGAAGCUUCUGGUCAUGUUCGAAGAGCGACGACGAGAGGACACACCCAAACAGCGGGUCGCCACCAAGGCAUCUGGUCAAAACAAGCAGCCACCCACGUCGAAUCAGGUCCGCAGCUUCUUCGAGGAGACGCUCAACCCGGCUCACGAAUACCACAACAUCAAUGAAUCCUUCAUUGCUGAUACGUGCACCUGGAUCUUCGAAGAGCCGCUGUGGCAGAGCUGGCUCGCCCAGGAGCAAGGCAAAGAAAGUCCGCGGACAAUCGCAUUGCUAGGGCCGGCCGGCUCGGGCAAGAGUCAUCUUGCGGUGAACAUCUACGAUCAGCUUGCCAGCGUCGCUGAGAAGGACACCACGACGAAUACCUGCGUCGCCCACUUCUACUUCCGGGAGACAACCAAAGACCUCAACGAAUUGUACAAAGCAGUCAAUUGGACCGUCAUCCAAAUUGCCGAACAGAACGCCGUCCUUUGCGAGAAGAUCUGCGCCGAGCUACAGCGAGAUGACCUUGAAAUAGAUAGCUGGGAUUGGGAAGAUGUCUGGAGCAAACUGGUGCAGCCCUGCUUCACCCCACCCAUGAAAGCGCGUCUCUGUGUUGUAUGGGACGGUUUGGACGAGCUUCCGCAGAUGGAGCAGCAGAACUUGACCGAUCUCCUGACUUUGAUAAAGGACACGGCUGACUUGAACGUCAUGUUCGUUUGCACAAGCAGGGAAAUGCUAAAAGACCUCCUGAGCAAGGCUGGUGCCCGAUUCCUCGAGGUGACCAAGGAGAAGCAGCUGCCUGAUCUCAAGGCCCUCAUUUGGCAGCAUCUGAACAACGACAGCGGGCUUCGCAAGUUCAGCAAGUACGUGAAGCAGAGGAUCUCGAGCACGCUGGAGGACAAGGCUGACGGGAUGCUGUACGCGGAAAAUUUGCUCCGCCAGUUCAACAUCUUCGGCCGAGAACCUCUUGUUCUCAAAGCACUGGAAGAGCAUAUGCCCGAAGGCUUGGACGGGCUCUACCUCAACAUGGUCGCCGACUUGCAACACCACACUCCAGAGGAUGAACUGCACGCCAUGAAGAUUCUGUUGUGCUGGAUGGCUUAUUCGUACCGUCCAUUGACCCUAGCCGAAUGCCUGUCCAUCCUGGAAAUCACAUCUGAGACCUCGUUCGACCUGGAGCGGGAACUCCAGGGCAGACAGCUGGCAAGAUUCCUUCGACUGGGCGACCUCGAAGAACGAAUGACCGGUGCGGCAGCCGAAGAUGUCAAAAUAAGCCUCCAAAACCAGAACAAGUCUGACGCCCCCUUCAACGACGGCAACUUGCCGUUGAAGUUUCAGGAACGUUCCAUGGCCGGCUUCUUCCGUGGCGGUAACACGGGACUAAGGACCCUCGGCAAGGACGGCCAUCGCGAGAUAUUCAUCGUCUGCUCCGAUAUCGUCUGUGGGCGGAAGCCCAACGCCCAUGCAGCCCUGCGUCAGUAUGCGGCUAGAUACGCGAUGCUCCAUCUCAGCUGGACGUCGAUGAAAGACGACACGGAGCAUGACAGGAUCCGAGGCUUGGAUGCAGUGGGAAACUUGAUGAGCAAUGAGACCCACGCUGCCAUGGCCUUGGAGGCUCUCGGCGUGGACUACAAGGAGAUCAACCAAGACUUUGCAAGUGGUCUGCUGAUGAAGGACAUGGCUUAUGUGGCGAGGAUGGCGGUCGCGCUCUCUGGCAAAGUGAGCCCAAGCACCUCGCAAUGGGCAGCUAGUGUUUCCGCAGAUGUUCACGUUGCGUUCGAACCUCUUGCGAGAGGACACGUUGCGAACUGGUUCCGGGCCGCGGAUGCAAAGGCCGCCUUGCGCUCGUUCAGGUUCGCACGCAGCGCCAUCGACAUGGUACGUCCCAAAAUUCUUCAUGACAACGUUGAUGCCAGCCACCCAGACAACUCCGAACCGGACAGUGACGACGACGAAGACGCUUACGAUGAGCAAACGGACUAUACCACCAAGCAGAUCCUCGCCGUCUUCAACUGCUACGAGGACAUCCCAAAGGACGCCAACGCCUACCUUGUCGUGGCCAUGUCACUUGAGAACUCCGGCCACCAUACCCCAGCAUUGACCUAUGGCAUUCGGGCGUUGAAAAUGUGCGUAGAUCCUGUUCUGCGGUUCCGGAUAUUUGACCUGCUGGCCACAAUCUACCUCCACAAGAAGGAAAAAGCAAUCGCCUAUGAAACGAUACGCAAGGCUUUCUCCGACCAUCCCUUGCUACCACCAAAGCUGCUCCGUGCUGGGCUCAUCACUCGCGCGAAAGCCGAAGUGGCGGUCGGGAAGAAGGACGAGGCAAUCGCAUCAUACGAAGAAGCUCGGCUGGCGGAUCCCGAGGAGCCGUUGCAAGGGUUCAACCUCAAAUACGCGUUCAGGGCGUGUCUGGCGAAGAAGGACGACGCCAUGCUUGUGGAGCUGGUGAAGAGCUGGAAGCCCAUGGAGCGUCUUGCCUGGAUGACUUGGGAUCUCGACCAGUCUGGAAACGACGACCACGAGGAGCUCCGAAGAGCCGCCGCCCGAGCCGGGCAACAAGAGUACGUGUACCAGGCGUACGACGAGGUCCUCAAGCUGCUCGACAAUGUAGAUGCGGCUGCUCCCAUCCGCUACCACCUCGCGGUCACACACUGUGCAGUAGGACUAAACGUCGAGGCAGCCAAAGCCUUGAUCCACGAAACCCUGGACACGAGUUCGAGCGGGAGUCCGUUCGCGCUGACCAACGAGGAUCCAGCGUAUACAUUGGUCUGCGCCGUCCUCCUCCUGAGCGAGCUCAUUUACGAGCAGUAUCGCACAACUUCCGACCCGUCGGUCAAAGCCCAGCUGUACACCGAGAUCAAAGGCCUCACCCAAAAACCGCUCGCCCGGUCAAUCGCAUCCCUCAAAUCCGAGCUGACGCACCAUUCCCUCACAAUCGCGCGCAUGUCGCGGAAGAUGGCCACAGCUGCAGAGUUUCAACAUCUCAUGCAGAACGCUUUCGACGUCUGCUAUGACGCUUUGACCGACAAUGUGGGAUGGAAUGACUUCCACAACCUGAACGAGCUUGCAGCCGUCAUUUCCAGCCUAGAGGGACUCGAGAAGGAGGCACAGAUUCUCCUGUCAGCUCAGUUCUCCAAGCUGGAUCCAUCCGUCAAGGACGACCCGAGUUCUGAUCCGGAUGAUCAGACCGACAAGGCGAACGGCGUCGAGUCGGAAGGAGAAGACGAGCACGAAGAGGACCAGGACGAAAGUGAGAGCGAAGAUGAUGAUGAUGAUGAUGACGACGACGACAACGACGACAACGACGACUACCCGCUCCCAACGGAUGAAGGCGACCUCGCCGACGCUUGGGUCGAGUGCAGUGGAGAAUGCGUGCCGGCCAAAAAGUGGCGUGCGUGGAAAGGGCGGCCCAUGUACUUUUGCACGACAUGCUGGAACGUCUUUCUGUGCGAGGACUGUCACCGCAAACGCCAAGGAUACAAUCGCCAAGGGGGCGACACGGCGUGUAGGGCCAAUGUCGGCAGCGUAUAUUGCGGGACGAACCACAGAUAUAUCACACCGAUCCAGGGGUGGAAAGGCAUCAAGGAUGGCGUGAUGAUUAUCCAGGGUCAGGCCGGUGAGAAGCCAACAAGUAUAAAGUUCAGGGACUGGUUGGAGGAGUUGAAAACCGUCAAGUGGAAACAGGCGUGGGAGCGGUUCUGGUUAAAGGAGGAUUGA